AUGUCGGAGAUUCUGACGAGAGCUGGAGGGUCGACGUCCCCGGCGAGGCUCGAAGCCUCGCCCAUCGAUAUCAGAGCGCUGCAGGCGAAUCGAAGAGCCUUCGUCGCGGUUCGCAGCGAAAGGAGCGCGAUCCAGCGGCAGCUGAAGCUUGCAGGACCGGCAGCUUUCGCAUUCGGAUUCGGACUCGGACUCGGGAGAGGCUUGAGUAAGAGCUUGAGUCCGUGCGCUUGGCGAUCGGGAGAUCCGGAGGCUCCUCGUGCCAGUGUCGUCGACAAGACGACGAAGUUGCUGCAGGACGUGUCCACGCUCUUGGUGUAUCAAGAGGUGUUCAGCAAGCCUCCGGCGAAAGCGUUUUUGAAGGUGCUGGACUGCCUGUCCCGGAAGGAUGCCGAUGGCCGACUCUUCGAGUACUAUGGACUGUUUUUCAAGCUCAUGUGCAUCACCCGACUCCCCAGCUGGAAGGAUUACAUCCUCGAGGCCAUUCUCACAUGCGAGAACAAUCCUUUCGCGGAAGCAGCUGCAACUGCCGGGAACCCCAAGGCUCGCUGGACAUCAGGCGCACAGGUUCCAGCGACAUUGCAGGCGGCUGCUGCUUCUGAUCUCGACACCCUGCAGCGGCUCAGUGUCUCGGAGUCGACAUUAAGUGAGUGGGUGGCAGAAACGGAGGUGGAUUACACUCCGGACUGGCUCAUCGCCGUGUCCAAUUUCGGCACCGAAACUUGCUCGCUCUUCAGAACCACUGCCAACUGCAUUCCUGAAUCUCAACCUUUUAAGGUUUCGGAUCACCGAAUUCGAUCCUCGAGAAUUGGUGAGGAGUCCACGAGUGCAAGAUCCUUCGAAUUGAAAUUACAGAAGGCAGCUGAUGGAGUCAUCGAGCCCGGAUACAGAAUUGUGCCCAAGUCUGAGCAGCCUCAUGGCGAGGCGUCUGCGUCGUCUUCUGCACUCCAAGUGGAGCCUGAGUGUCACAGCAGCAGCAGUUAUUUUAGCAGAACAAACGAGUCACUUGCUCGGAUCCGGGCACGAUUGAGAGAACGUAUAAAAUCUUUCAGCAGGUGGUCUGAUGCCGUGCUCUUGUUGGAAAGGUACCAUGCCGUGUACGGCGUGGGAUUGAUUGCAUCCGAGCAGUUUCUGCUAGUCAGAAGAGGGAAUUUCUAUCCGGACAAACAGGGAUGGACAGCUAGGACAACCGAGGCAUGCAAUCUAAGAAUUCAGAGAGACGAGAAAGAAAUGCUCGUGAGGAACUUCACCAAACAUGCCAAUGGACGCUCGGCUCAGCAUGUCCUGCUUUACGGUCCCAGUGGAGUCGGGAAGACUUGGCUGCUCAGAUCAGCACUCUCCGAAGUCGCAAGCGGCGGAGAUUUAAGAAUCGUCACACUGCCUUCCUUCAGAUGGCCGGAGGACGAACUGGGAUCCGAAGAUGGUGAUGAAAAAGGAUACAACUUUCCAAAAAUUCUUCGACAGCUUGGGCUUCGCCAAUGGAAACUUCGUUUCGUUCUUUUCAUCGACGACUUGAUGCCUUCGGCAUUCUGCAAGCACACAUUUAACAUUCUAAAAUCUGCAUUCGAUGGGAAUCACCAGGAAUGGCCGGCGAAUGUCCUACUGUGUGCAACAAGCUCUAAGAUUCGGACCUGCUCUGUCCAUGUAAAAUUUAGAGACAUGGAAGUUCUGGAUUUGGCUCAUCUCUUCGGUCUCACCUGCGUCGUGAAACUCACGCCGCUCAAUGAAGACGAAUAUGUGCAUUGCGUUCAGGACUUACUAGAACAGAGGAGACCGAGAACGUCGGUCUCUUUGGAGACAAGUGUGUCCAGUGAAGAGGUGGCUCAGAAGGCCAAGCAAUCCUGGGCUCAAAACCUCGGAGCCAGAAACCUCAGAUCAGCAGCCCUGUUUGUGAGGACUUUGGACUGGUCGCUACGUUGA